GAAGCAACAAAGCAAAGCGAAAAGACAGCCUUUAGGCAGCAACAACAUAAACUUGUAUUACAUACACUAUGGUGCUGUCACGGGCAGCUUGGAGAACAGCAGGCAUUCAUGCCGCUACGAUUGAAGCCGUUCAUGGCAGCUUAAAGUCGAACAUGGCUGCUCAUGUUAAACGACCCGCAACGCGUCGGUUUUUCUAUACAGUUCGAGGUAAAUUACAUAUUACACAUACAUGUUCGAUCGACCUCCGCGAUUCUACUAUUUGUGUGCAUUGCAAAGUAUUAAAAAGAACUCGAUCUGGUUACAUUGUGUAGGUACCAAAGAGGUAUGCGGUACCAUUCCUAGCGUUGAGCGUCAGAAGCGUUGUUUCCAUGCUUCAGCUCCACAAGCUGCAGCCAAGCGCGAUCCGUAUGAAGUUUUGGGCAUAAGCAAAACGGCAUCGCAAGGUGAAAUUAAAAAGUCGUAUUAUGCGCUUGCAAAAAAGUAUCAUCCGGAUACCAACAAGGAAAAAGAUGCUCGCGAAAAGUUUGUGCAGAUCCAAGAAGCUUAUGAGAUCUUGUCGGACGAACAGAAACGCAAGCAAUAUGAUCAAUUCGGAUUCGGGUUUGAAGGCGCUGCAGGUGCAGGUGCAGGACCUGGUGGAUUUGGAGGAGGACAAGGAUUCCCCGGCGGAUUCGAUCCAAAUGACAUCUUCAGUCAGUUUUUCGGUGGAGGUUUUGGCGGAGGAUUUAACGGCGCGACUGGCGGUAUGGGAGGUGAUCCUUUCCGUAAUGUACCAGGCGAAGAUAUUCAGACUCCUUUGACAAUCACAUUCAUGGAAGCUGUCAAGGGUAUUACCAAGUACGUUACUGUCGAUCGAGUUACCAAGUGCACAACAUGUCAUGGCAGCGGUAUGCAAACAGGCAAGCAGAAGGAAACGUGCGGCGUUUGCCGUGGUUCUGGCGUUCAGGCUGUGAGCAUGGGCGGUUUCCAUAUGCAAACAACUUGUACAUCCUGUGGUGGUACUGGCUCAAGUAUCCCUCCAGGUGCCGGCUGCCGAACAUGCGACAGCGUAGGUAAAGUACGAGAACGUAAAACGGUGCAAGUUAAUGUACCGCCAGGUGUGGAUCAAAACUCGCGAAUUCGCGUACAAGGCGAAGGCGAUGCACCCAUCAAGGGUCAAGGGCCUAGCGGUGAUCUUUUUGUCAGCCUGAAUAUCAUACCAUCAUCUGUGUUCCGACGACAAAACUAUGAUAUUUUUGUCGAUGCCAAGAUUCCAUUUUAUAAAGCCAUGCUGGGUGGACGCGUCCGAAUUCCUACGGUUGAUGGCGAUGUUGAAUUGAAGAUCCCCUCUGGAUCACAGCCAGGCGAUAACGUCGCGUUGCGCGGUAGAGGUAUCCAGCGUUUGCGCGGCUCCUCGAGAGGUGAUCAGAUUGUCACACUUAAGGUGGAAUUGCCACGAUCGCUACGUGGAGUUCAGCGAGAGAUUAUUGAAAAGUAUGCUAGUUUGGUUGAUCCUGAAUACCGCAAGGAAGACCCUCCAGCUCCUCCUGUCGAUAGUAAUAACAACAACAACACGCCCAACACACCGCCUCCAUCUCCUCCACCAAGUGAUGAUGGAUCUAGUGACGAACAUAAGGAAGGCUUCCCAACCAAGAUCGUUUGUUAAUGUAGGUUUGUCGAGUGUGUUUAUGGAGUUUGUCACAUACUUUUCUAUGUUGCAUACAGUGUCUAAUAAAUAGCCAUAAGACUCGUUAAUAAGUAAAUGUAUAUCAAACACGUAGAUACGGACUCAAAUGGAUAGGGUAAUAUGUAGGGUGGUACCGUGCGUUAUUAUAAGGCAUGCUUGAGUUUGUGAAACCUCAGAAAAGAGAUCGACGCAAAAGCGGAGUCGCAGG